AAGUACCUACCUAGCUACUGCCGAAACAUGUAGUUAGCUCAGAAUAAUCUCAAGCUCCCAAAAAUGGAGAAACCUGCAGAGCUCGUUCUCAUCCCAUCCCCAGGUAUAGGCCAUCUAGUCUCAACACUUGAGAUCGCAAAGCUUCUCGUGUCUAGAGACGACCAACUCUUCAUCACUGUCCUCAUCAUGCACUUUCCCGCUGUUUCCAAAGGCACCGAUGCUUAUGUCCAGUCACUUGCAGACUCUUCUUCUCCCAUAUCACAGCGUAUCAACUUCAUCAACCUCCCAAAUAUCAAUAUGGACCAUACGGAAGGCAGUGUCCGGAAUAGCUUGGUCGGUUUUGUUGAAAGCCAGCAACCCCAUGUUAAAGAUGCCGUCACAAAACUCAGGGACUCCAAGACUACUCGGCUUGCGGGGUUUGUCGUCGACAUGUUCUGUGCCACUAUGAUCGACGUGGCCAACCAAUUGGGGGUUCCUAGCUACGUGUUCUUCACCUCCAGCGCCGCCACACUAGGGCUAAUGUUCCACCUCCAAGAGCUGCGCGAUCAAUACAACAAGGACUGCACUGAGUUGAAAGACUCCGACGCUGAGUUGAUCGUCCCGAGUUUUUUCAAUCCAUUGCCAGCUAAAGUUCUACCUGGAAGGAUACUCGUGAAGGAUUCAGCGGAGUCAUUCCUCAACGUUAUCAAAAGGUUUAGAGAUACCAAGGGUAUUUUGGUGAACACGUUCACAGACCUGGAAUCGCAUGCCCUUCAUGCUCUUUCAUCCGAUGCCGAGAUCCCUCCGGUUUAUCCAGUAGGACCCUUACUUAACGUAAACAGUAAUGAAAGUCGUGUAGAUUCGGACGAGGUUAAGAAGAAGAAUGAUAUCUUGAAAUGGCUUGAUGAUCAGCCUCCACUGUCCGUGGUGUUCUUGUGCUUUGGAAGCAUGGGAAGCUUUGACGAAAACCAGGUGAGAGAGAUCGCCAAAGCUCUUGAGCACGCUGGACAUCGCUUCUUGUGGUCCUUACGCCGGCCCCCACCCACCGGAAAAAUUGCUUUUCCGAGUGACUACGAUGACCACACCGGAGUCUUGCCGGAAGGGUUCCUCGACCGAACAGGUGGGAUUGGAAAGGUCAUAGGCUGGGCCCCGCAAGUUGCGGUCUUGGCUCACCCAUCUGUGGGAGGAUUUGUGUCUCACUGUGGGUGGAAUUCGACGCUGGAGAGUCUUUGGCACGGUGUGCCGGUUGCGACGUGGCCGUUGUACGCAGAGCAACAGCUGAACGCGUUUCAGCUGGUGAAGGAGUUGGAAUUGGCGGUGGAGAUUGAUAUGAGCUACAUGAGCGAGAGUCCAGUUCUGGUGAGUGAGAAGGAAAUAGAGAGAGGUAUAAGAGAGGUGAUGGAACUUGACAGUAGUGAUAUAAGGAAGAGAGUGAAAGAAAUGAGUGAGAAGGGCAAGAAAGCUUUGAUGGAUGGCGGCUCGUCAUACACUUCCUUGGGACAUUUUAUUGAUCAGAUCUAAAUUCCAUGAUAUCAUGCUUGGAUUUGAUCAUCUUGUCCUAUGUUUUAUGAGAUCUUCUUUGCCUGCACGACUUUGGAUAUCGAUGAGAUAUAGAUGGUGGUAGUAGCUUUUGUUGUAGUGAUCCAUAGAAAAUAUAUUUAAGUUUCUUAUAUAUUUUAUUUUAAUGUCGUUCUUUUCCUUGAUCUCCAAGCUAGUCUCCUCAGUCACAUUCAUACUCAUCCAAAAAAACUCUUAGGAACUUUUUAUACAAAAAGAAACCAGAGAUAAC